AUGCUCAAUUCUUCAUUUAAUUUUUUUGAGGAGAAUGACAUAGCCAAAUUGAGAAAAUAUUUCAUCUCAAAGGAGAAUGAGUGGAAAAAGGAUAAGGCAGUUCUGGAGUAAAAAACAUAAUUGCUUGAACUCUAAUUGGAUGACUACAAGUUGAGAGAAACUAGCCAAAAGAAAUUAAAUGACACUAUUACAUAAGCCAUCAGUGAUUAAACAGCCAAUUAGAAAGUAUUUGUUUGUUUAUAUGGUUUAGAAAUCAAUUACAGAAUUAUAAAAGAAUAUCGAUAAUUAACAGAAAGACCAUAAUAAGACCAAGUUUAAGGAGUAGAUCAAAUAGUUAGAACAUUAAGUAAUGGUCCUUUUAAAUUUAAGGUUAGAUCAUUAUCAGAAUAGCUCUAAGAAAAGGAAUCCUAAACAAAAGAAUUAGAAUUACAAUACUAAAAACAAUACUUACUUUAUGAUCACAGAAUUUCUUAACUUGAACAAGAAAAACUAGUUAACUGUUAGGAAAUCUAAAGAUUAAAAGAAAGUCUGGCCAAACUGGAAGACGUUUAUAAAUAGAAAGAAUAAUAAUAAAAAAUACUUUACGAGUAAGAACUAUAAAAAGCAAAGGAUCUAAGCAUGUAAGAUCAUAAGUCAAAAUAGCAGGAGUAUGAAUCCAAAUUCACGUAGUUAUCCACUUAAUAUGAAAAGGAAAAGGAGUAACUCUAGUUAAGAAUCAGCAAAUGUUAGAAUACAAUUAAGAAAUAUCAGCAACAUCUUGAACAGAAUAUUGAUAUUGUUAAUUUGAAAUAAUAGUAUGAGGAUUAAAUUAAAUAAUUGAAUGAUUAAAAUGCUGAAAAUUAAGCCUAAUUCACUUAUGAAAAGCAAAUUCUAUUGAAGUAAAUUGAAGAAAUGAAAAAGAUGAACCGAGAUUCAAAUUAGAUUGAAAGUAUGAAUUGUCAUCAUAGUACAUCCAAAAAGCGAAGUAUUGAUGCUAUUAAAUUAAAGAGUUCUCUCUAAUCAUAUGAUAGUCCUGUUUAAUGUAAAAGUUUUCAUAUUGCUUGUCCUGAAAGUAAAGUGCAAAUUUACAAUAAUUACUUGAAAAACUCAUCCACUUAAUCCAUUAUUCUUGCUUAAAAACAAUAAAUCCAAUCAUAAUUAUUUCAAAACAAUCAAUCACUUGAUAAAUCUUCAAAUAUGAAUGAAGGAAUGCCUAUUUCAAUUGAGUAAUUUAAUCUGAUGAAAGAUAAAAAAUAGAAGUCUUAAUCAACCUUAUCUAUUCCAACCAGUAAUAAUUAUAAUCUAAAUUCCUAUUUAUAAGAAUAAAGCAUAUUUUAAUAGAACCAAGAAUCAUUUUAAUUGGAUUCAAAAAAUAACAUAAAGGAAGACACAUAAAAACCAAAAAUUUUGAAAUAAUUGAAUCCAAAUAUAGCCAACAGACAAAUUUAAUUUGAUUACAAUAGGUCUAUAAAACAUGAAUUAUAAAAAUAAAAAGAGUAAAAUUGUUAAAGAUCAAUGUCUUAGGAAGGAGUCAAGUAAUAAAUAUCAAAUUUAAAUAAAAUGUUGGGUCAAACUGAAAUCAGUUAUUAAUAAAGUACUUCUACUUAACAAAAAACUAACAAUACUUCACUUAAUAGUUUCAAAGUCCCUGCUUUUACUCAGAAUUAAUUGAAUAGUUUAAAAAACAGUUCAUAAUACUUGUGUCCCUGUACAACAUUAAGGAUUAAAGAAAACAUACAAAAGAUUAGAUAUAAUAAUAAUCAUAGCACUCAUGAAGAGACUAAAUAAAAUAAGGAGAAUUAUUAACCUAUGAAAAACCAUUCAAAGAGUGACAUUAAAGUUAUAAUUGGUAAAUUGUUGUAAAAUAAAGGAAAAUAAAGUGAGCAUCUUGAAAAUACAGGGUACAUCAUUAAAAAUAACAGGAUUUGA